GCCUGGCCCCGCUGCAGGUGCCGCGGGUGGCGCGGGAGCGGCCGGGCGAGGGGCUGCCCACGCAGAGCCUGUACCGCAAAACCUCGCAGCUGCUGGAGACCCUCUACCAGCUCAGCGCCAACGCCAAGGUGCUGGACAUGAGGCACAGCAAAUCCACGAGGAGCUCGUCGGCGCGGCUGCUGGAGCAGACAGCCCGGCUCUGCGCCCUCAAGAACUCCAUCGAAGCCCUGAAGGUGAGGAGGGGUCUUCCCGGGGGUGGGGGACCUGCUGGGACCCCCAGCCCAGCCCUCCAGACCCCCAGACUGGGGCUGGUGGCACCUGGUGGCAGCGAGGGGACAAGGUGCCACCCGUUCCCGUUCCCCUCCCAGAACAGUCGGGUUUGACCCCCCUGCCCUGUGCCCAGGGUGGGCGAGGGGCUCU